AAUGCGGUGAAGUACUACAGCAGCGCCAUCGAGCUGAACCCCACCAAUGCCAUCUACUAUGGGAACCGGAGCUUGGCCUACCUGCGCACCGAGUGCUACGGCUAUGCCCUGGCCGACGCCACGCGCGCUGUUGAGCUUGACAAGAAGUACGUCAAGGGCUACUACCGCCGCGCCGCCAGCAACAUGGCCCUGGGCAAGUUCAAGGCCGCCCUCCGUGACUACGAGACGGUGGUGAAGGUGAGGCCCAAUGACAAGGACGCCAAGCUGAAGUACCAGGAGUGUCACAAGAUCGUCAAGCAGAAGGCCUUCGAGCGGGCGAUCGCCAGCGACGAGCACAAGCGUUCUGUUGUCGACUCCCUCGACAUCGAGAGCAUGACCAUCGAGGAUGAGUACAGCGGCCCCAAGCUGGAUGGCGGCAAGGUGACGUUGGCUUUCAUGAAGGAGCUGAUGCAGUGGUACAAGGAGCAGAAGAAACUCCACAGAAAGUGUGCCUACCAGAUCCUGGUGCAGGUAAAGGAGGUGCUGGCCAAGCUCCCCACGUUAGUAGAAACGACGUUGAAGGAGACGGAGAAGGUGACGGUGUGUGGGGACGGGUGGCACGAGGGGACGGGGACCCGCGGAGCUGUUUUCCUGAACCAGCUGCAGAUAUUCAACGGGGACUUUGUGGACCGCGGGUCCUUCUCGGUCGAGGUCAUUCUCACGCUCUUCGGCUUCAAGCUUCUCUACCCUGAUCACUUCCACCUGCUCCGAGGGAACCACGAGACGGACAACAUGAACCAGAUCUAUGGUUUCGAGGGGGAGGUAAAGGCCAAGUACACGGCGCAGAUGUUCGCCCUCUUCAGUGAAGUCUUCGAGUGGCUG